GUUGUUUUUUUAGAGAAAAAGAUAGUUCAACACUUGGAAGAGAACUCUCACUGCCCUGAACUUUAUGAACAGCAACUAACUCAGUGCUAUGAUGGCAUGCAGACAAUUUUAUCAGCAAUGUCUAAUAAGUUGGGAUGUUUACAGUAUGCAGAGGCUCACCGCAAGCGAAGUUUGAUCACACUCCCAAAUUUCCAGCUGACAUGCCGAGCAGACAACCACAGCUUAGAUUCAAGCAGAGAGGUAAGUUUUUUUUAAAGUUAAAAUUGACAAAGUCAUUAUGGAAGUUUUUCAAUCAGGUAAAUUUCAACCUUAUUUCAACAGCAAAUGUGAGCUUUUUAAGUUAUAAAUGAAAAUUCUUUCGAUCAAAUUUCCGGAUACGAGAAAAAAGUUAUGUUGCUCAAACAGUUUCAUUUACAAUAUUAUCUAGUAUGAUAAUUAUUUUAAGAUUAAUCUCUUUCAUUGAAGUCAAUAGUCUACAAGUCUCCUUAUGAUUUAAAAAUAGAUUUGGGGCACAGACCACAUGAAAAGGAUUGUCUCCUCACAAAAUGCAACGGUUCUCUACUACUCCCUGUUGGAAAAUCAGCUUUUGAUAUGGGUGCUGGCCCCUGGUGAGGGUGUGGUCAGAUUUUACUCCACCAAGGCAUCCACUGCACACACUUUUACUCAGCAAGUAAGUGGAUUACAUCCGCUCACCAAAGUUUCAAUGAGCCAGUAGACCUGAGUUUGUGAACAGAAAUGCUUUGAGACAGCACAAUCCUAACUAAUACCACUGUAAAAAUGUCUUGUCAACUGCUACAGCUUCUUCUACUAAGUCAUAUUUGCUCCAAUGGUGCUUAGGUUAUUCACAAAUUAUUUUUAUUUAUCUCUGUUCUCAGCUAUUCUAUUCUCUCCAGCUCAUUAGACCUCUGGCCAGCUCUCUCACUCUAAAUAUUUUUUUAAUAAACUUUUGUAUUUAUUUUUUGGGUGCAUCUGUGGUAUCAAAGUACCAUUUUCAGUGGAGAAUGGAUGAGUCUCAUUAUAAACGAAAAAGACAUUAAUUAAUUUGGCUUUACUUGUAUAAAUAUGAUUUUUUUUUUAAAUGAAGAAGAACGUGCAAAUCUCAGUGGUCUGUUGGUUCACCUUGACCGGCAAAAGCUCAGUAAUAUGUUUUUUUUAUAAAGGGAUUUAACCUAGGAGAGAUGAAAAUCUUUUUUGGAUCUGCAUUUUAAAUAAGAACCAACCUUCAAAAUACAUACAUACUUACAUACAUUAUUCCAUUUCCUUUUAGAGUAUAGAUUUCAAUAUUGUAAUACAGAUAUGAAUCUUUAUCAUCAGAUAACAAAACUACUGUCAGACAUGAGGGCUGACUGGGAUACAUCAGAGCUAUUAACAACAUCAGAGGCCAGAGCUCUGCCACUUAGAGAUGCAGAAAUUCAAAAUUUGAGAUUAAACAAUAUGAAACAUUAUGAGUCAAAAGUUGGUUGGGUUUUUUUUUUAAAUCUUCUUAACAUUAAAUUUAAAAAAUAUAUUUAAAAUUUUAUUAUAGAAUUUUUAAGUGAAUUAUGUUAAUCAUGUAUCUAAAGCACCUACGUGGAAUAAUAAACUCCAUCAAAAUAUCAUAUAAUUCCGUGGAAUUUUUAUGUAGAGAAAAUUAAGCAACGCCUUUUCAGCCUUGUGAAUUUUUAUCUUUUGUUAGGUCUUGAAGAUUGUCUCAGUUUGAAUGGAAUGAAAAUAUGUUGCAUUUUUUAAAAUAUUUUUGUUAUAUUUUACCAUCGGCCUAUAUCAGCUUCAAUUUAUUUCAUUGACAGGAAGGAAAGAAGAUAAAUUAUAUGAGGCCAUGAUGAACUAUAAAACAUUUUUAUAUUUACCUUAUUUAUUUUAAUAUUUCUAUAUUACAGACAAAAUAUAAAAGCACUGAAAGUGAGCAUAUGAAUUCAACCAUAACUCAAACUCCAAAUGACAGUGCAAGAGGUACAAAUGCACUUAGUGAAGAAAGUCUCAACAGUAAAAAAACUGGUAAUGAUAGCAGUUGUGACUUUACAAAAAUAUUAAAUGAAAGUAGCUCAACCGGUGCAGAAACCACAACUUGUCUCAAUGAUCAAGAAAAAAUAACCAGGAAACCUGCACUUCGCCAGCUCUAUGAAAUUUUAAUUUCACCUGUCUCAGAUAUUUUAGAAAAUCUUAAGCAAGGCAGCCAUCUUGUUAUUGUGCCUGACAAGAUUUUAAACUUCUGUCCCUUUGGGGCUUUGCUGGACCACCAGGACAAAAAUUUGUAUGAAAGGUAACAAAGACUGUUGAAUUUUAUUCAUCUCUUAACUUUCAAAGUUGUUUCUCUACAUCAGAAAUAUUUUCAUUUAGCUUGGUUAUUUUAUUAAUUGAAAAAAAUAAACAGUGUAAUAUAUGAGAUAUUCGCCGAUAGUUACUUUAUGAUUUUUAGUUUAACUUUAAAUGUUGUGUUUUUUCUGUUUGGGAUCAUACAGUAAAAGCUUCAAUUUCAAUUGUAGGCCUAUCUAAUAAUUUUGGAAUAAAUAUUUUUACCAACUUUAACUCUUCAUUUAUCCUACAGCUCAUUUAUAACUUAUAUUUUAUAACUUUCUUAGCAAAUUAGAUUGUAAUAAUAAUUUUAAAUGUGUCUUUAAUAUACAGUUGAUUUUAUAAAUGUAACGAGUAAUCUAGUUUCCGUGAAAUUAAACACAGUUUUUCCCUAUAUUUCCUUCCUACAGGUUUAGCAUCAGUUAUAUCUCUUGCCUGUUGCUUUUAGACAGAGUUAUCCAAAAUGAGCUCAGCUCCCUAAGUGCUGAAGAUGCACUUAAUGUCAAAAGGAAACAAGCAUGUGGGGGUGGAGUUGCCCAGUAUCUUAGUGAACUUCCUGGAAAUUUUCAUCUCCAUAAUGCAAAUCCUGAUCCCGACUCAGCUGAUGAUACAAGUAAGUUGAGCAUUAGAAUUUUGGUUUUUAUCAUGUUUCUUCUGAAUUGACAAUUGAUUAUUAUUUUGUUAUGCCAUAAUUUCACAAUUAAAUUAUGAAAUUAUGGCUUAAAAAAAUAAUAAUCAAUUUGGUAUUUGUGGAAAAAAUAUUCUGAGACUAGAAUAUUCAAAACUAAGCAAUUAAUUUUUAUCACUGUGAUGAAUUUUUUAUAACCUCAUAUAAAAAUAUGGAAUGCCUUGUUUUCCAAAAUUCAGGAAUAGUUGUUAAUAUAAACAUUAAAGAAUGCUAUUUAAAUUAAAUGUUUUUAAUGACCAACUUAAUAGGUAUUCUAAGGUCAUUAUGAAUUAAAAAUUAUUUUCAGGUGACAGCACAAAAAAAUAUCAGAGGCAGUCCAUUAACUUAAAAGAAGUUUCUAAUCCUCGGCUUGUAAGCUAUAGGACUCAUGUCUCACCAGUUCAAAAAUCAAUUAACAUGGACAAAACUAGGUUAGAGUUACCUGGUCGUAGCCAGACAUCCGAGUCUAGAUCAAGAAGUCAUUCACCACGAGCAGAGAAGUCAGGAGUAAUGGCCCCGAAUCUUCUAUCAGGUAUCAAAGUAUUUUAAUAACCAUACAGGUGCAUGUUCUAAUUCCAUUUAAUUAAGUUUUAUAUUAAUAAUUAAACCCAUGUAUUGAAUGAAUGAAUUUUGCUUUGAAAAAUAAUUACAAAUUUUCUACACCUGCCAUGUCUUGAUUAGCUCUAUUUUUUUAAAAUUUCAAUCCAUAUUGCUAUUUCUACUGCUGACCAUAUUGCUAUCGAUAUGAUUAUAUGACUACCUAUACUGCUAUCAAGAUAAGAUAAUUUUACAUGUAAAAUCUUGGUUAAAAAUAUGCAUAUAUUUUGUCGCUGAAAAUGAAUAUGUAUAAUGUAGUCAAAAAACAUUUCAGUUGAUUUGGAUCACAUAAUAAUCUUAUCUUAUAUUAAUAGAAAUUCACACAAUUUUCCAAAUUCAAGGGAAAUAUAUUUCAUAAUAACAGACUCAGCAGUCUAGAAAAAAUAACAGUUCAUAAUAACAGACUCGGCAGUCUAGAAAUUUUACAGCGUUAGCCAUCAACAAUACUUGGCAAUGAGGAAAGCAUCACUCAUACAGUCAUCCUUAAUCACUGUCUGCUGUAUUGUUUUAAUUUAUCUCAUUUUUAGCAUCAGUAACUUUCAUAAUAAUAUUGCAUUUACAUGAGUGGCUCUUAACAUAGGGUCAAAGGCCAAUUUAAGGUCAUAGGUCAAGAUUAGCAAGAAACAUGGUUACCAUGAGUUUACUGAACAUUUUUUUUUCUCCCUUUGUCCCUUUGAUGCUCAUAGAAAUAGUUUUAGGGCAAUUAGAACAGGUUGGGGGGAGGGGGGGUAUUUAAAAUUAAAUAUUGCACUGCACACAAAGUUUUUUGGGUAAGUAGAAUAGAUGUGGGGGAGGGGGAGUGCUAAAUUGAAUAUGGCACAACCCAAUGCAGUUAACAUUUUGUUAUCCUUCUAGAUCAUCCAUCAGUUGUGGAGAAAAUGUUGGCUACUCACACAUACUCAACACUGUGUGCUGAGACAUGGACACACACAGAUGUCACCUCAUCCUCUCAGGUCAUACCCCAGUUUCAACAGAUAAGCGAUCCACGCACAGCUCUGGUAUUUGGAUGCCCAUGGAUCACUCAAGGGUGAGGAUACUUAUUAUGACCUUGACACUGCUACAUUAUAUGUGACUGAUGCUUUUUUUUUUUUUUUUUUUGAACAGGAAAGUGUUGACAACCAUUUUACCUUUUUUUUUUUUUUUUUUUUUUUUGAACAGGAAAGUGCUGACAACCAUUUUACCUUUCUUGGAAGUCCCUAGAUAUAAAUAUAUUUUGCACUCAGAAAAUUUAAAAUAAUUUUAUUGUUAGUAUACUCGAAAAUUCUGAGGAUUUAAAAAAAAAAUGUAAUUAUUAUUUCAGAAUUAAAAUUCAUGACAAGGAAUGGAGGCCAAAGCCUGACUUGAUUAAGGCACAAUCAGAGCUAAUGUUAGUGUCCCAGUGUUUGGGCACUGACCCCAUUCUUGGGGAGCAGGCCACAAGACAGGAGCUGCUGACCAGCCUGGAAACAGCUGAGGUCAUUCACAUUGGUAACUGACCACAAUAUUGAUUUUUUUUUGUGGUGGUGUGGAGAGGGUAGUUCUGUCAGCAAUCAGUUGAUUUUUUUAAAUUUGAAUGUUUGAUUUAUAGUUUGCUUAGCAUAUUUACAAUUAUUCUCAAUGUCUCUGGACAAGAAAAAUAAAUAAUAAAUGAAACAAAUUAACACAAAUAUUUCAUAGGACGCAGACUUCUGUUUCAGCAUUUUGUAUUGAGUUUUAAUUAGCCAUCCUUGAUUACCAAGUUAUUUUUGACAUUUUAAAGUCUGACACUGUAUGCCAUGUUCUAGGAACCUGGGCCUGCAUGCGGGAUGGCCUACUCCUGGUCACACCUGAACCUUUGACAGAUAAAGAGGAUGACACAUCACAUUUAGUGACCAUCUCAGAUAUCCUAAAUGUGAGACUUCGUGCCAAGCUGGUAGUUUUGUCAACUUGCGGCCUCUCACCUGCCAGGGCAGAGCAAGAAUGCCCCAUGAAACUGGCCGGCUCUUUCCUAUCUGCAGGUCCCUCCUUUUAUUUAUAUAUUUUUUCAAUCAGUUAUUGUAGUUGUAAUCUUCAAGCUAGAGGUACCGAUACAUUUUUUAAACACUUCAAUGAUGAUAUUAGUACUGUUGGAGAGACACAAGAAUCAUUUAUAUUUUUCAUGAAAGUGAUUUGACUGACCCUCAGCAAAUUUUUUUUAAGUACUUAACUACUGUUACAGUAGUUUUAUUCUUGAGGUUGAAGACAUAAUACUUGGAAGUCGCCUUUCUGUUUUUCAAUCAUUCAAGUCCUAAACAUAAAUGUUAUGAUGAAAAUUUCUCUUAAUUUAUUGGUUGCUAUAGCAACAGCCCAUUGCGUCACCUCCCAUGGUAAAACAAAAAGGUCUCUUAAAAGUCUUAGGCUUUUUUUUUUUUUGAGUGAAAGCUCCUGUACAAAUGAGGAAAUCACUGGCUCCGUCCAGCCCUGAAAUUAGGAUUUGGAUGUAUGUCAUCUUUUAUGGUGAAUAUGUUAAAUACACAGAAUAAGAAUCAUAUUAAACUAUGGCUUUUGUUUUCGGAUGAUCAAUAAAAAGUGAACAAGUUUGUAUUUAUAUAAUAAAUAUCCUUUAUAUAUUGAAAUAUAUUCUGAAAUGCAAUAGGAGAGACAUGCAGGUGGCAGCACACAUCCAGUUAGGUCUGCCACUCACUUUUUAUAUUCAGGAUCACUUUAUAAAUUUUAAGACUUUUUAAAAAAAAAAGAUAAAUGCUUUUACUUCAGGCGCAGAGUGUGUUCUUGUUUGCAAGUGGCCUGUCCCGGAUGAAGUGCUGUGUAAAUUUUUGGUCCAUUUCUACCACACAUUGCAGAAUUCAGAGUUUGUGUCCAAGGCUUUGAGCAGUGGGAUCAAGGCCAUUAGGGAAGAUAACAGGUAAGGAGCCUUCCAUUUUGAUGGCUUUAUUUAUUUAUCAGUAUUUAACUAUUAUUUUUGUUGCCUUAAUUUUUUUCAUUUUUAAAAUGCUAAUGCUUUAUGUUAAAGGAAGUAUCUUAAAUAUAAAAAAAAAGUUAACCCUUAAUAUUCCAACCAUAGUUCAGCAACUUUUUUUUUUACCAAGCUGGGAUCUGCAGAGGACCCCAUGUCUUUUUGUACUUUCUCCACUGUUUCAUGCGGGAAAAGUACUAAAAAAUUGCUUCUGAAUCUAUAAUAAAAUGAUUCAAAUAUAAAAUAUUUGAUGUUUAUUUUUUUCUAGAAAAGAUAGUCAAAAAAAUCAAUAGAUUCUUCCACAUAAAAAUGUACAUUUUUAAAAUUAAUUUUGUUAACUAUUUUUUUUUGAAGGAGAAUAUUAUUGGAAUUAUUAUUGGAAUAUGAUUAAUAUUUAAUAAGUAUCUGAAGCUGGUGCAGGACACAUAAAAAACAGAAAUAAACCAGCUGCUGCUACACCUGAAUGGCAAAAGAAAUCACCUUCUUUAGUAUAUUAAGGGUUUAAAGGGUCUGUUCAUUUUAUUUACAUAUUUGUGUAGAAUGAUUUUUACUUUUCAAGAUGGAGUCAUGUUUGCCACUGGUCUGGUUUCAUGUUGGUUGGGAAAGACACAAAAAUGAGCCUCAGUGAUGUAAGGCAUGCCCAGUUAGAUCAACUGAUUGACAAGUGUGAGGCAGAGACAGAGGAGAGCUCAGCAGUUCCAAUUCUUAACCCAAAGUCCUCUAUACCUAAUUGUAGGUCAAUGUUGUUUUUAUUUCUUAUGCUAGCUAUUGUUGAGAAUCAUGCCCAUGACGUCAUUUGCGUGUUUAUUCAAUUUUUGUGCAGGAGUCAUUCCCCUUUGUUUAUUUUAUUGUUUAAUUUUAUUGUCAGUUGUUGACUUAAUGACAUAAUUCUCUGUGCUGCAUCACUCAGUACUGGGAACACAGAUUAAUUUAACUCAUUUAUUAUUCUCUUUUAUCUUUUUUUUUUUUUUAAUCAAUAGUUGGUAGCAAAGAAGAAAACUUGGCGAUGCUGCAGCUACACCUUAAAAAUCUCCUGAGAAAUCACUACAAAAACCCUCAAGUCAUUCCUGAACUUUUUGACCUGGUAAAAAUCUACUAACCUAUGUUAUUAUGAUGUUGCAUUUAUGGUCCUAUUGAUUUAAAAUGAAUUUUUUUUUGUUUUAAAGAUUUUGAAAAACUUAUUUCAAAAUAUAAAUUUUUAACCACACUCUCCAUUUGAAAAAACUUUAAGGACCUCCUAGAGUCUGUCUGAUUAAAAAAAAUUGCUAUUCACAUAAAUUAUUCAAAAUUAUUUUUUUUAAACAAAAUUUAUAUAAAUAUAUUUUUAAAUAUUGUAGUAAUUAUAUAUUUAAACAUUACAUUUACAAGAAGCUGAACCAAUGUUGCUCUAUCCUAUCAAAGCUAGACACUGCCUUGAAAAGGUUACACACUAUGGACAGCACCAAGCUGCCAUGUCAGCUCACUGAACUGCUUGCCAAAAACCACCAGGCUAUGAAUCUACUCAAGUGGCUGGGCUUUCACUUUCAGGCCAAGGAAGCCAAACUGACCAACCCUUACAUCAUAUUCCCUCACUGGAACACUGACCACCUGCUCAUACCUACAUAUGACGCCCUCAAGGCAGCCAGUGGUUGGUAGUCUAUGUACAGUAGAAAAGAUGUUAUCACUUUUUCCAUUUUCUCAAAUAUUCUAGCUCAUUUUUCUAUUCCUAUAUCAGAAUAAAAUUACAUUUAAAAGAUAGAGAGGUGAACUAUAAAAAAACAAAAGGCGGUCUCUAGUUCUAGCAAAAAAAUUGUCCUGAUCAAAUUAGUACUAAGCCUUGUCCGGUACAGCAUUAAUCUGUUGAUAUGGCCAUCCUUUUCAGCUAAAUAUAAAUCAUUGUUCAGACUAUGUUUAAAUACAGUUUCCACUUGUAAAUGCUUGAAUUCUGAUCAGUCAAAGAGAGUUUGUUAACAAUUAUUGAAAAUUAAGAAAUUAAAAUAAUUCAGUGAUGAUAGAGUGACAGAGAUUUGAGAUUUAUGUUAUGGGAUUAAAUAAUUACCAUUUAGGUACAUUAAUUUGUUAUUACGAUUUUAAUGUUAGAUCAAAUUCUUUUUAACAAUUGUUUAAUUAAACUGAAUAAUUUAUCAUACACUUAUGUGAUGCAAUACAGAGUUUCACUUUGGUUGACCUAUGAUGUUUUAAAUUUGAUAGAUCAAAACUACAGUAAAAAAAAAAAAAAGUUCUUUCAUUUACCUCCUUUUCUUUUUUUUUUUUUGUUUAUUUUUUUUUUUUUUUUUUUUUUUUUUUUUUUUUUUUUUUUUUUUUUUUUUUUUUUGUUUUUAAAAAAAAAAGGUCUUGCAUGUACCUCCUUCGCUUAUUCAUCUUCUGAAUAUUUUUUUUUUUUUAUAAUUUCUAAUUUCUAUAGAAAAUCAUUUUGGCUAGUGUUUAGUGUUUUUUCAUUGAAAUCUUUAAACAAAUUUCAUGACCCCUGUUAUAACAUUCUUAUUAUGAUUUUUUUUUAUGCAUGUUUAGUGGCUGAAUUUUAAAAAUUUAACAUAGUUUAUUUUUUUUCCUUUAGAAUUAACAUGUAGCCCUGCCUGUGUCACUGCCAUAUGUGAAACCCUUCCAUUGUCACAAGACAAAAUAUCCAUCCUCAUUGAUUUGGUGAGUAUUAUAUAAAACUAGUUUUCAUUCAUCUGAAUAUGUUUUAUAUAGUACUACCGGAGUGAUUUCAUCACUUUUAUUUAGCAUUCCACUCUGAUUGUUGCACUGAUAUCCCUAACUCAUGAACAUAUUUGCUUUUCCAGCUGACCAUCACUAAACACGCUUCAGAUAUUCAACUGAGGGUGACAGACUUUAGUGUCCACCCACUCUGGCACAACACUAGGACAAAGGCUUUGUUGACCACUACUGGUUUUCAUCAGGUUGGCCUGCUCCUGUCAUUCAACAUGGUGGGCAUGCACAAGUGAGUUUCCUAAAUUACCUUUCUUUCAUCUCCAUUCACCUUUUGAAAUCUGUGUCAUUUUCUUUAGGUAUUUGGCAAGAAACUUCUUUGAAUCAUAACCAUUCAGCUUCAUAUCAAAUUUUUUUACUUGAAAAUGUACAUCUGUCAUUUUCCCUCACCAACAUAUCCAGCUCAAUAGAUUACAGUUUUAAAUUUGUUUGAACUCCACAAAAAAAGCCACUAUGAGUAAAAUUUAGUAUAUUUUUAAUUUGUUACUGCAGUGUAUUCCACUAUUUAAAUGCUAAAUUUUAAAAAAUCUUUGUUCUCCCCCCCAGGCAACUGUUGGUUGCUAUGUUACAGCUUCUGCUUUCAUUCAGCUGUUACAAAAGUCCAGUGUUACUGUUCAAACUUGAUGUCAAUUUAUUGGGUCACUCCAAUAAAGCCAGAGUAAGUGUUUAAAUUAUAAUUUUUUUUUUUUAACUUUGUCUUUAAGAUUAUCAUAGUUUAACUUUGUGAGAUUUAAAAUUUUAUCAAAAUAUGACAUUUUCUUUCAUUUUUUUGAGCCAUAAAGUUUUUACUCCUUGUAUAACCUUUUAGGUUAAUUAUAAGAAUUGUUGUACACAUUAACUUUUAGGUUCUGAUUUUGUUAUUGUUAUUAUUAUUAUUAUAAUCCAAAAGUAGUAAAUUUUCAUUAAAAAAUUUAUUUAUAAUUGUUAACUUUUAAAAUAACACUUUGGUAGGUUACCAAUUUCUGAUGUUGUAUUUCUUUUGUGUUAACGUUUUCUGAUUUAAAUUGUAAAAAUUACAUCUUAUGUCUUUAAAUAAUACUUAGUUUUGUAUAUUAAAAUUCUGGUAUCAGUUGUUUUAACCCCUAAAUCUUCCACUUCUGGAAGUUUCCAUCUAAAGAACGUAACAUUAAUUGAAUUCAUAGUAUGAGAAUGUCAAUAAAAUUGCAACAACAUUUUUCUAAUGUUAAUUCUUACGGCAGACCCAGAGCAUAGAACUCUGACUUUGGGGGUGGUGGCUGUAUGGACUUUUCUUUCAUUGAUUGUACUCACUGUAUUUAUAGAUAACCUUGUGUAAAGUAAUUUUAAUUAAUUUGGAAUAUUAAUUUUGUUUAAAUUGACUUGUCAUUAAAAAUCAAUUAACAUUAACUGUCUACUUUGACAUAUAUAGGACCCAGUCAUAGAGUGUCCAAAAUUGCCUUCAUUGAUGCCCUUGUUGCUCCCAAGAAAUCAGGUAAGUUGGCAGUGUAGGUUGAAAUAACAAACAUCUCGACUUGUUCAGUACCUGUAUAACAAACACCUUGACUUGUUCAGUACCUGUAUAACAAACACCUUGACUUGUUCAGUACCUGUAUAGCAAACACAUUGACUUGUUCAGUACCUGUAUAACAAACACAUUGACUUGUUCAGUACCUGUAUAGCAAACACCUUGACUAGUUCAGAACCUGUAUAGCAAACACCUUGACUUGUCCAGUACCUGUAUAGCAAACACCGCGACUUGUUCAGUACCUGUAUAACAAACACCUCGACUUGUUCAGUACAGUACAACAAACAUACUCCGAUCCAGCACUAUAACUGCACCUAUUAUAUUACCACAGUUGAGAAUGAGUUCCCCGUGGCUGUCCGUCAUAGAGCAAAAAGAUGAAAUGCAGGAAAAGAUCAAACUAGCCAGGAGGUAAAAAAUGUACAUGUGUUAUGUUUUAUGUCAUUAGCUUCUUAUACUUGACCGUAAUUAUAUACUGAUGAAGUCUGUGUGAUUGUAACAGACACUUUAACAGUGAAUUCUAUGUGAUUGAGUAUCAUUAGAACAAAACAAGAACAAAAUGUUUUCUAUUAGCUGAUUGCAAAAGUUAAUAGCAAAAAAAAUUAACAUUUGAAUGAACAUCAAUGCAGUUAUAUUUAUUUAAAUUUUAUCUUAACAAAAACUUUUAAUUAUUUUACUGGUUAUAAAUUUCCUAGAGCACACAAAUUUGAAAAAACAUGCAUAAAGAUAUCUAGUAAAACAUAUUUUUCUUUCAUUCUUUCACUGAUUGGCUGUUCUUUUACACUAGAGAAAUAAUUUAAUGUAGAUGUCGUGUGUUUAAAUUGUUUUAAUUGGAAAAUGUUGACUUUAUUAAAAUAUGCAUUUAUUUAUGUGCUGAAAAUGUAUGUGCAUUAUGUAAUCAAAAACAUUUAUAUAUUUUUUUUUGAUCAAUAAAACAAUCUAUCUCAUCUUAUCUUUCACUGUUUUAUGUUUUCAUUCUCUUGUGUCACUGUUUAGUGCUACCAACUUGAGUGAAGAAUAUCUUGGCCAUUUAGAGAAAGCCAAAACUUGGCAUCACACAACAGUGACAGCCCAGGUAAGGAACUAUUAUCCCCGGAUAAUAUCAUAUUAUAAUAGCAGUUAUGCAACUAUUGUGAAUCGGAUUUUAAAAACUACAUAAUCAUUUUUAACAAUCUAUUAUAUGUGAAAUAAUGCUAAACAUCACAACUUUUCUAUCUAAAUAUGCAACUCAAGGAUAAGCUGGUGAGUUCUGGCUAUUGUAAUUUGUUUCUUUCAUCAUCAGGAUAUAAAGCUGUAUUUCAUUAACUUAUCUUUAACCCGAAAACAUUACUUUAAAUGAUUUUUAAAUAUUACUUAAAGCGAUAUUUAAUUAGUAUUUCUGUGUAAUGUCCACUGUGUUUAUUUUGAUUUGAGACAAUCUUCGUUUGUAUUUAGCAAAUUUAUUUUAGACAUUUGUAUUUUCAAGAUGUACUUACUCCAUGAAAUCAGUACACUUCAGUUAGUCACUUGAACCAAUAUGCUGUCAAUGAGUCCUUCUAUGUAAAAAAAAUAAUUUGUUUUAAAAAUAAAAAGUUAUUUUGGACAGGCAAAUCAGAAAGAAAUAAUUUAUUUACAAUAGCUUAAACAAUUCAUGGAUGGAUUCGAAAUUGUUCAAAACAGAAGUCUUGACCAGUAAGCCACAUUUACUCAGUCCCCAAGUAGAAUGUAUAGACUCUGGUAAAGUAAUGAAUACAAUCAUUAUAUCAUUAUCAUUUUUUGUAAUCAUGAUGCAGGCCAAAGAAACUUUAGAUAAAUAUGGCCGACCAAGCUCAUCCCCAAAGUCAAAGGUCAAGGUAAAACCCGGGUCAACACCAUCAGAACCUCGAGUGCCUGUCGACUAUGAGAAACUGCUGACGCCAAGGGUCGUUAGGCAAAGGAGGAAUUAUGCCCACUUUGUACUGGAAGAGAGGGUGGAAAACAUUGAUAAGCGAAAGAAAGACAACUUGGUUAAAUUGUACCUACCUUACAUACACUCUUAACACUCUUGAGCUUAAGCUGAAAGAUUGAAAUAAUACCCAAUGGCUUGCAAGCAGGGUUAGUUUAACACUCUGCCUUAUAAUUUAUUGAAGAAAGCUUUUAAAGGAAAAUUUAAACUCGUACUGGCACUGAUGAUUGCUUAGAACCAGCCAAAAUAUCAACUCAAUCUUAUUUUAUACCAAUCUUAUUUUAUUACCUUUUGAAUAUGAACUUUAUCUUAUGAAAUCAACAUAACCAUGGCUAAGUUUUAUAGUAAAGUUUCUAUCCAUAUAGAGUCAGCAAGGGAGAAAUAAAAUAAGUUUUGUUUUUUGCGUAAAGUUUUCAAUAAUUCAGGGAUUCUUUUGCAUGUUAAAACAAAUACACUCAGUAUUUCUGUUCAGAACUUUGAUCACUGUAUCAUAUCUGUUUGUUCUUCAUCAAUUUUUAAAAUAGUACAGGUAAAAUUUAAGUUGAUGCUUACAAAGAAAGAAAAAAAAAUUGUAAUAAUGUAAUUUACUGUGAUUGUAAAUAAUAGAUUAUGACAGCAGAUUCCACCAUUUACAUAACAUCCUUUAGACUAUCCACGUUCACUAACUUUCAGGGUAAACUGCUUUUUAUUUUUAGGCUUGCAAUUUUUGCAAAACUUAAUUCUGUCUGUAUUAUUUAUGUGAAAAAACAAUUUCUGUUAAUUAAUUUAGUUUUCAACAAUAUCUAUUCACUAUUAUUUUUUUUUAAAUUGAUAUUUUAACCAAUAUUCCAACUGCAAGUAUUAGGUGAAGUAAAUUUUCUAACCAUAAAAUAGUUGAAAUGCAAAAUAAGAAAUUAUUGUUCCCACAUUUUGUAUCAAUCAAGAUAAAAGUGGUAAUUCCCACAUUUUGUAUCAAUCAAGAUAAAAGUGGUAAUUCCCACAUUUUGUAUCAAUCAAGGUAAAAGUGGUAAUUCCCACAUUUUGUAUCAAUCAAGAUAAAAGUGGUAAUUUUAUUUUUUACCCAAGACUGCAAUUCAACACAAGGUAUUGCUAGAUUUGUUUCCUUAAAUCAUUCAUUUGAUGCAGUGUGGCCCCGAAUAUUAAAAUUUAACUAAAUAUAUUGUAAUAGGUAAAUCCCCCAAAUUUGAGCAAAUUAAAAGCCCCCCUUUAAAUUACCAGCUGUUUACCCAAUUUUAGCUGUGUAGUAUUCUGUAAAUUACACUAAUUAGAGGUUUGACACAUUCCAGUGUGAUUACCCUAAACAAAAUAUUUAUUUAAAAUCAUUCCCAUGAAGUUAUAAAAAAAAUCAUUUUUUUUAAACAUAUUAUAUUAUACAGUUCUACUGCCUUCAGUGUGAUUUGUCACAAUAUUAUUCCUGGUGAUAUUUUAUUUCUAAAUUCUGUGAUAUGCACUCAAACUUUUUUAAUUACACUUUUCC